AUGAAUGCAAUUAGUUCUGCAGAGAAUAAUCUUUUAUUUAAUGGAGAGAAUAUAUAAGAUGGUAUAUGAAUCAAAAAAUAAUUAAAGACUUUUCAAGACCUUUGGGUUUACAUUUAUAAUUCUCCCAAUUUGAAGAACUAUAAAAACAAACCUUUGAUGAGAUAGAUGUCUUAGCUAGUCCAACAAUUAAUAGAAAAUAAAAAGAUCAUAUUAGUAUGUAGAGAUCAUCAAAGGGAUCUGUAUUUCGAUUUUUGAAAAUAUUACAAAAGAAAACACAAUAAUUGAAAGAAAAUAAAAAAAAACUUUCAUUUUUUCAGAAUAUUUAUUAGGAAAAAAUACUUCAUUCGGAAUAUAAUAAAGAAUAGUAAAUACAUAGCAAAUAUGUCUUUGAUCCUACAAAUUUAAUUGCUUUAGUUUUUUAAUUUCUUAAAUGUUUAGUUGUAUUUUUACUUUUAUUGAUUAUAACAUAUAUUUGGAGUUUUGAUGAUAUGGGAUAAUUGAUAGAAAAUAAUAACUAUUUCUAUAUAAUGAUAAUAUUGUUAAUAGAUAUAUCAUUGCAAUUCAAUUUAGCUAUAAUAAUAAGAGGAUAAGUAAUAAUUAAUAAGUAAUUAGAUAAUCUAUGAUAGAGUAAUCAUUUUUAAAAUGUAUAUCUCAAGAUAAUUUUUUGAAGAUAUUAUAUUUUUAGUUUCUUUAAUGUUAAUUAUUCAUACAUCAUAAAUAAUUUUUGUAAUAAUAUUUUAUGCUAAUGGUAUUGGAAUGCUUUUUAAAAUAAUAAAAAAACUUGAGGAUGCAUUUGAUUUAAGUAUUAAAACAACUGAACUAUUGAAAUUGUGGAAACUACUCUUUUUCAUAAAUUUAUUGGCUCAUUUUAUAGCUUGUAUUUGGUAUUAUAUUGGAUUAAAUACAAUUGAUGAUAAUCAUAAUUGGUUAGAUUCUAAAUAGAUUAGAGGAGAAUCUAAUUUUAUAAAAUAUAUUCACUCUUUUUAUUGGUCUGUAGUUACAAUGGUAACAGUUGGAUAUGGUGAUAUCACUCCAUAAAAUUAUUUAGAAAUGAUUUUAUGUAUAAUAAUAAUGUUUCUAUCUUGUGGAGUGUAUGCUUAUUCAUUGAAUACAAUAGGAUAAAUAAUAUCAAUAUUAAAUCAUGAAUCAGAUAAAUUGGAGAGAAAUUUUAGAACUUUAAAUAAAUAUUUUAGAUAGCAUAAUAUUAAAGAUGAAUUAUAAAGUAGAAUUAAGAAUUAUUUAGAAUAUAAAUUAAAAGAGGAAGAAAAAUCUAAUUAAAAUGUAUAUAUCCAAAAUAAUUAAUAUAGGUUUAUAAAAUUUUAGAUUAAUUAUCUAAUCAUCUUAGAUUUAAAAUAAUAUCUGAAAUCUAUUAGAGUAUGCUAUCAAAAUGUCCUCUUUUGUAAACAAAUUUCUCUAAAUCUACUCUUUAAAAUUCUACUUCAUUUCUUGAAACUUUAAAUUAUGAACCUGAUGAUUUUAUAAUUAAUUAAAAUACAGAGAAUGAAAAUGCUCUAUAUUUUAUUGAUUAAGGUACUGUAGAAUUGUAUGAAUAAAGAACUAAAACUUAAUUAACAGAAUUCACAUCUGGAGAAUCCUUUGGAGAAUAUGAAUUCUUUACUAAUUCUUAAGCAGCAUUUACAUAUAAAUGUAAGACACAUACAAGAGUAUUUAAACUUUCACGGUCUAAAUUUUUAGACAUUUUGAAUAAGGAUGACUUUGAAAUCUUUCAUUAAAUCAAACAUUCUUUUGAAUUCAAUAUUCCUGUAAAAUAUUCAAAGUGUAUCAUAUGUCAUUAAAAUGAUCAUUUUGUUCAUUAAUGCAAAUUGUUAUUUUAUAAUCCAGACAUUUCUAAAAUGGUGAUUAGAUAAUAGAAUAUCAAAUAAAGGAGAGAAUUUAAGCAGAGAAGAAUACAAAGAGAAAAUACCUUUUCUUUAUUAUCCGUAUUAACUACGUUUUAUUAUUUUUAGUAAAUCUAAGAGAAACAAUUUGAGUAUUAUCAACAAUAUAUAUAGGAAUAUUCUUAAAAGGAAUUUUUAGAUGAUGAAAAUGUAAUAAUAGGAGCUGAUUCUCAAAUUACAUCAUUGAUGUACAAUACUUUAAAGGCAUCUGAAAUUUAAAUUCAAUAAUAAAAUUAAAUGGAUUAUGGAAAAGAAAUGUUACAUACUAAUAGUUUAAGAAAAUUAAAUUCUCAAAAUGCAAAAACCAAAUAAUCUUUACCUGAGACUGGUAUUAUUCAUGAAACAUUUAAUAAAAUAAAAAAAUCAACUGUUAAACUACCUGACACAAUUUAGAAUUAAACAAUUGUUUUUGAUAAAAUGAAGGACUUUAAUUAAUAUUUUAAUGAAAAUAAUUAUGAUUAACAAAUUCGUAAAUAUAAUUAGAAUUAUAUGGAUCGAGGUUUUCUAUCUACAAUUAAGAAAAGAACAGGAAGGGCAAUGAGAUUUAUUUAAAUAUGA